AUGAGACCCGUGUAUUUUGCGGUCCUAGUGUGCGGUUUCCUCGGUCUUUGCGGCGAAUUUCCGGUCCGUGGGCAAGGAAACAUUGUGGCUGAUAGAGAAUCGGCCACGAAGACCAGGCCUGUUAAUCUUUUCAUCGUGAACGAUGACACCAACAGGAUAGCGAACAAAAGUUUCACAGCUGCCCUGAAGAUGAUCAAGGAAAAGCAUCCGACCUAUCUAGGUAGAGUCUGGACGAUAGAAAUCAACGAAACUGACCUGAACGACACGCUGGACCGCAUCUGCAACACCUGGGAGUCCGCAGUGAACGGAGGCGGUACGAAAGUACCAGAUUUAAUUCUGGACGGGACGACAGCUGGCCUAGGGGCGAAGGUAACGAAUUCGUUCACAGCUGCCCUGGGGAUCCCCACGUUAUCCGCUCAAUACGGCCAAGAAGGUGAUCUGAUCUACUGGAGGGAUCUGAACGCGGAUCAAUUGGACUAUCUGGUCCAGGUGAUGCCGCCAGCGGACUUGAUACCGGAAGCGGUACGAAAGAUCGCCAUCCAGUUGAACAUAACGAACGCGGCAGUUCUGUACGAUCGCAAUUUCGUGAUGGACCACAAAUACAAGAGUCUGUUAUUAAACGUCCCAACGAGACACGUGAUCAACGAGGCUUCCCAACAUACGAAAGAGAUAAGAAGACAGCUGACACGAUUAAGGGACCUGGACAUCGUGAACUACUUCAUCCUAGGGGACGAGAACACGAUAAACGUGGCUCUGGAAGCAGCCGAGUCUUUGAAUUUCACCGGUAGAAAGUACGGUUGGUUCAUUCUGACGCUCGAGUCUGAUGUCUGGCCUAGAUGCGAGUGUCGGAACAUAACCGUUCUGUUCAUGAGACCGGAAGCUAGCAACCCAAUGAAAUCCGUGGUGGAAGCUUCUCUGCCCAAACCGAUCGUAUCGUCGGCUUUCUAUUACGAUCUGCUUUAUCUAGCCGUGCGGGCGAUGAAGUUAGCGUUGGACGACGGUGAAUGGCCCCUUAACCCGGAACAGAUCACCUGCGAUGAGUACAACAACACCAACACACCGGAGAGAGGGUUCGACUUCUUGGGGAAGCUAAAAGCAGCUUAUAAAGACAUUACGCCUACUUACGCGGGUAUUCGAUGGGGAUCGAAGAACGGGGAGCAUCGUGCCAUGUUCGAGAUGUCGAUUCACUUGGUGAACAUCGAGGAGGGAGCGGUUUCCUCGAUGGUUAGCGGAUCUUGGAACGCCAGUGUCACCGCGCCUUUACAGGUGACGAACAACGAGCUGAUGAACACCACCGCGGUGAAGAGUUAUCGUGUGGUCACGGUGCUUCAUCCCCCGUUCGUGAUGUACAACGAGAAAACGAACGAGUAUUACGGUUUCUGUAUCGAUCUGCUGAACGAGAUCAAGGAGACGGUCGACUUUCAAUACGAGAUCCGCGAGGCAGAGGACAAACUCUACGGGAAUUUGAAUCCGAACGGUACCUGGAACGGGAUGAUGAAAGAGCUGAUCGAGAAACGGGCGGACAUCGCUCUCAGUUCUCUUUGGGUCACCGCUGAGAGGGAGAGGGUGGUCGAUUUCACGGUGCCUUAUUACGAUCUCGUCGGACUGUCGAUUAUGAUGCUGAAAACGAAAACGUCCACGUCGUUGUUCAAGUUUCUCACCGUGCUGGAGAACGAGGUUUGGUUCUGUAUACUGGCCGCCUAUCUUUUCACCAGCGUUCUAUUGUGGAUCUUCGAUCGUUGGUCGCCGUACAGUUAUCAGAACAACAGAGAGAAAUACAAGGACGACGAUGAGAAACGGGAGUUCAAUUUGAGGGAGUGUUUCUGGUUCUGCAUGACCUCGUUGACCCCACAGGGGGGCGGCGAAGCGCCGAAGAAUCUCUCGGGCAGACUGGUCGCUGCUACGUGGUGGCUGUUCGGUUUCAUCAUCAUCGCCUCGUACACGGCGAAUCUAGCGGCGUUUCUGACCGUCUCCCGAUUGGAGAUACCGAUCGAGACGUUGGAGGAUCUCAGCAAACAGUACAAGAUUCAGUACGCGCCGGUGGUUAAUUCGCCUGCUUAUAUUUAUUUCAAGAGGAUGGCCGCUAUCGAAUGGAAAUUUUACGAAAUAUGGAAAGAGAUGAGCCUAAACGACAGCCUGUCGGACGUGGAGAGGGCGGAUCUAGCGGUCUGGGACUAUCCCGUGAGCGACAAAUACACGAAAAUGUUGCAAGCCAUGGAGGAGGCCGGCUUUCCGGCGACGACCGAAGAGGCUUUGCGGCGUGUACGCCGUCUCGACUCGAACAACGAGUUCGCUUAUAUCGAGGACUCGACGACCAUCAAGUAUCUCACCAUGACGAACUGCGAUUUGGUUCAAGUGGGGGAGGAUUUCUCGAGGAAACCGUACGCGAUCGCGGUUCAACAGGGAUCCCCGUUGAAGGAUCAGUUCAACAACGCGAUUCUGAUUCUGUUGAACAAACGGAAGUUGGAGAAACUGAAGGACAAAUGGUGGAAGAAGAACCCCGAGAGGAAGGAUUGCGACGCGGAGAACAGCCAAAGCGACGGCAUAAGCAUCCAUAAUAUAGGCGGUGUCUUCGUGGUUAUAUUCCUUGGCAUUAUUUUUGCUUGUUUCACGCUAGCGUUCGAGUAUUGGUACUAUCGGCACCGGGCGAAAAUCACCAAAAUCAAUCGAAACAGCCCUGUCAAAGGGAAGAUCACAAAAGUGAAGCCGUUCACGUUCAACCUACAACCCGCGCCCACUCAAGCUUUCCAAAAAUCGCAAUUCAGAUCGAGAUUCUAA